AUAUAAAUUGGUGAAACUAUAUCGCGUAGGCUUCGAUCUUCGACUUUACGACGCUAGGAGAAAGAGACGGGAGCGAUGGCCGCAACUGCAGCUGUUUCACCGCCAUGCGCCCUCGUACCUUGCCAAGGACUUCGUGGAGCUCUGGUUUCAACCCGUAACUUCCAUGCCACAAAGAACCAGAGACAACGUGGAAGGGCUGUUGCUGCUCCAAUUUCUGCUAAAUUUGACCUGAAGCCUCCACCUUAUCCGCUGGAUGCUCUGGAGCCACACAUGAGCCAGGACACGAUCUCAUAUCAUUGGGGAAAGCACCACCGGGGAUAUGUUGAAAAUCUAAACAUGCAAAUAGUCGGGACUGACCUAGACGGGAUGUCAUUGGAGGACAUUAUCAUUCUUUCAUACAACAAGGGUGACAUUCUUCCUGCUUUCAAUAAUGCCGCACAGAUAUGGAAUCAUGACUUCUUUUGGGAAUCAAUGGUACCAAAUGGUGGAGGAAAGCCAUCUGGUGACCUUCUAGGACUGAUUGAGAGAGAUUUUGGUUCUUUUGAAAAUUUUAGUGUGAAAUUCAGGUCAGCUGCAUCUACACAAUUUGGCUCAGGUUGGGUGUGGCUUGCAUACAAAGCAAAUAGGCUCAAUGUCGGUAAUGCUUCUAAUCCACGCCCUUCCGAUGAGGACAAGAAGCUAGUGGUGGUGAAGAGUCCCAAUGCUGUGAAUCCCCUUGUCUGGGAUUAUUUGCCUGUUCUAACUAUUGAUGUCUGGGAGGGGCCUAAGUGCAUCAGUUUCAUCUUUUCACAGAGUCGUCGAGCUGAUUACGUAUCAAUGUUCAUGGAGAAGCUAGUGUCAUGGGAAACUGUGAGUGCCAGACUAGAGAUGGCAAAGGCUCAAGUUGCUGAAAGAGAACGGGAGGAGGAGAAGAGGAAAUAUGGGGAAGACAAUGUAAACUCCAGCAAUGAAGCUGUUGAGAUGUAUCUGGAUAGCAACAUCGAGGAUCCAGCGGAAUGACGCCAUGUUAUCGUUUUGGCUGCAAUUGUAUCAUUAUGGUCAUCAAUCGCUUGCAGAUUGGGAAGAAAAUAGAUCAGUCUGAGCAAGCAGAGGGCCCCUAGAUAUAUCAGAAUCAGCCUGUAUGGAUACCUUGUGCCCACCUUGAAACCUCGCAAGAGAAGCACAGAGACGAUAAGCCUGCAAGGCGCUCGUGAAGGUUGACGUGGAUUGGUUUUGUUCUCUUUGAGAUCCGAAGAUGGAAAAUGCCCAACAGCACUUGAUUUUGAAUGUUCCUAUGGGAGUUGUGACAAGCCUAGGCUAAACUGUAUGACUGUUCAUCUUACCAGUUCCGAUUGUUACACGGGUUAAUAACUGUUGCACUCGACCAUUUGUUCAAGAUGCUGCUAUUAGGAAUCACGUUUUAAG